AGCCGGAGGUGUACGGUUGCGUUUCGUCUGCCCGCACCGGGGUAUCACUUGCCCGCUACAGAAAGCCCGAAGCUGUCUGGCAGCCGGGAUACCCUCUCCUACUGGCACCCGCAGACGCCCCUGCAGCCGCGGCCGAAGCCGGGGCACCCUCGCCCUGAGAGCGCCGAAGCCCUGCGCGGCGGCGCGCAUUCCACCUCCGCGCCUUGUUCGCGGAGCAGGACCAGGGAGAGAGAACCGCCGGUCGAGUUCUGGGCACUGCGCCCGGCGCGAGGUGCGGGAUGGAGAGCAAGGCGCUGCUGGCCUUUGCUCUGUGGCUCUGCGCGGAGACCCGGGCUGCCUCUGUGGGUUUGUCUAGUGUUUCUCUUGAUCCACCCAGGCUCAGCAUAAAAAAAGACAUACUUACAAUUAUGGCUAACACAACGCUUCAAAUUACUUGCAGGGGUCAGAGGGACUUGGACUGGCUCUGGCCCAACAAUCAGAGCAGCUCUGAGAAAAGAGUGGAGGUGACGGACUGCAGUGACAGUGCCUUAUGUAAGAUGCUCACCAUUCCAAAAGUGAUCGGAAAUGAUACUGGAGCCUACAAGUGCUUCUACCGGGACACUGACAUGGCCUCCGUCGUCUAUGUGUAUGUUCAAGAUUACAGAUCUCCGUUUAUUGCUUCUGUCAGCGACCAACAUGGAGUUGUGUACAUCACUGAGAACAAAAACAAAACUGUGGUGAUUCCGUGUCUGGGGACCAUCUCAAACCUCAAUGUGUCACUUUGUGCAAGGUAUCCAGAAAAGAGGUUUGUUCCUGAUGGUAACAGAAUUUUCUGGGACAGCAAGAAAGGCUUCACUAUUCCCAGCUACAUGAUCAGCUACGCUGGCAUGGUCUUCUGUGAAGCAAAAAUUAAUGAUGAAAGUUACCAGUCUAUUAUGUACAUAGUUGUGGUUGUAGGGUACAAGAUUUAUGAUGUGGUUCUGAGCCCCCCUCACGGAGUUGAGCUGUCUGUUGGAGAGAAGCUUGUCUUAAAUUGUACGGCAAGAACGGAACUAAAUGUGGGGAUUGACUUCAACUGGGAAUACCCUUCUUUGAAGCAUCAGCAUAAGAAACUCGUAAACCGGGACCUAAAAACCCAGUCUGGGAGUGAGAUGAAGAAGUUUUUGAGCACCUUGACUAUAGAUAGUGUAACCCGGAGUGACCAAGGGCGGUACACCUGUGCCGCUUCCAGUGGGCUCAUGACCAAGAAGAACAGCACAUUCAUCAGGGUCCAUGAAAAACCUUUUGUUGCUUUCGGUAGUGGCAUGGAAUCUUUGGUGGAAGCCACCGUGGGAGACCAUGUCAGAGUCCCUGUGAAGUGCCUUGGUUACCCUCCUCCAGAAAUAAAAUGGUAUAAAAAUGGAAGACCCAUUGAGUCCAAUCACACAAUUAAAGUGGGGCACGUGCUGACUAUUAUGGAAGUGAGUGAAAAAGAUACAGGAAAUUACACUGUCAUCCUUACCAAUCCCAUUUCAAAGGAGAAACAGAGCCACGUGGUAUCUCUGGUUGUGAACGUCCCACCCCAGAUUGGUGAGAAAUCUCUGAUCUCUCCCGUGGACUCUUACCAGUAUGGCACCUCCCAAACGCUGACGUGCACGGUCUAUGCCGUUCCUCCCCCGAGUCACAUCCAGUGGUACUGGCAGCUGGAAACAGAGUGUACCUACCAGCCCAUCCAAGCUGCCUUAACUACAAACCCACAUACCUGUAAAGAAUGGAGAAACGUGGAGGACUUCCAGGGGGGAAACAAUAUCGAAGUCAACAAAAAUCAAUUUGCCCUAAUUGAAGGAAAAAACAAAACUGUAAGUACCCUUGUUAUCCAAGCAGCCAAUGUAUCCGCUUUGUACAAAUGUGAAGCGGUGAACAAAGCUGGGAGAGGAGAGAGGGUUAUCUCCCUCCACGUGACCAGGGGUCCUGAAAUCACUUUGCAACCCGGCACCCAGCCCACCGAGCAGGAGAGCGUGUCUCUGUGGUGCUCCGCGGACAGAACUAUGUUUGAGAACCUCACAUGGUACAAACUUGGCCCACAGGCUCUGCCCAUCCACGUGGGAGAGCUGCCCACACCUGUUUGCAAGAACUUGGAUGCUCUUUGGAGAAUGAACGCCACGAUGAUCUCUAAUAGCACAAAUGACAUUUUGAUCAUGGAGCUGCAUAAUGCAUCCUUGCAGGACCAAGGAGACUACAUCUGCUUUGCUCAGGACAGGAAGACCAAGAAAAGACAUUGCGUGGCCAGGCAGCUUACAGUCCUAGAGCGCAUGGCACCCACGAUCACAGGAAACCUGGAGAACCAGACAACAAGUAUUGGUGAAACCAUCGAAGUUUCCUGCACAGCAUCUGGGAAUCCCCCUCCACAGAUUACGUGGUUUAAAGAUAAUGAGACGCUUGUGGAAGAUUCAGGCAUCGUGCUAAAAGAUGGGAACCGGAACCUAACUAUCCGCAGGGUGAGGAAGGAGGAUGAAGGCCUGUACACCUGCCAGGCAUGCAGUGUUCUCGGGUGUGCAAAAGUGGAGGCGUUUUUCAUAGUGGAAGGUGCCCAGGAAAAGACAAACUUGGAAGUCAUUAUUCUAGUCGGCACUGCAGUGAUUGCCAUGUUCUUCUGGCUACUUCUUGUCAUCGUUCUACGGACCGUUAAGCGGGCCAGUGGAGGGGAACUGAAGACGGGCUACUUAUCCAUCGUCAUGGAUCCAGACGAACUCCCCCUGGAUGAGCACUGUGAACGCCUGCCUUAUGAUGCCAGCAAAUGGGAAUUCCCCAGAGACCGGCUGAAACUAGGUAAACCUCUUGGCCGUGGUGCCUUUGGGCAAGUGAUUGAAGCAGAUGCCUUUGGAAUUGACAAGACAGCAACCUGCAAGACAGUGGCUGUCAAAAUGUUGAAAGAAGGAGCAACACACAGCGAACACCGAGCCCUCAUGUCUGAACUCAAGAUCCUCAUUCAUAUUGGCCACCAUCUCAACGUGGUCAAUCUUCUCGGUGCCUGUACCAAGCCAGGGGGGCCACUCAUGGUGAUUGUGGAAUUCUGCAAGUUUGGAAACCUGUCAACUUACUUAAGGAGCAAGAGAAAUGAGUUUGUCCCCUACAAGACUAAAGGGGCACGAUUCCGGCAAGGGAAAGAAUACGUUGGGGAAAUCACCAUGGAUCCUAAACGCCGCUUGGACAGCAUCACCAGUAGCCAGAGCUCAGCCAGCUCCGGAUUUGUUGAGGAGAAAUCCCUCAGUGAUGUGGAGGAAGAGGAAGUUACUGAAGAUGUGUACAAGAACUUCCUGACUUUGGAGCAUCUCAUCUGUUACAGCUUCCAAGUGGCUAAAGGCAUGGAGUUUUUGGCAUCACGGAAGUGUAUCCACAGGGACCUGGCAGCGAGAAACAUCCUCUUGUCAGAGAAGAAUGUGGUUAAAAUCUGUGACUUCGGCUUGGCCCGGGAUAUUUAUAAAGACCCAGAUUAUGUCAGAAAAGGAGAUGCUCGCCUCCCUUUGAAAUGGAUGGCCCCAGAAACAAUUUUUGACAGAGUGUACACAAUUCAGAGUGACGUGUGGUCUUUUGGUGUCCUGCUCUGGGAAAUAUUUUCCUUAGGUGCUUCUCCAUAUCCUGGAGUAAAGAUUGAUGAGGAAUUUUGUAGGAGAUUGAAAGAAGGAACUAGAAUGAGAGCUCCUGAUUAUACCACACCCGAAAUGUACCAGACCAUGCUUGACUGCUGGCAUGGGGAGCCCAAUCAGAGACCCACGUUUUCAGAGCUGGUGGAACAUUUGGGAAAUCUGUUACAAGCGAAUGCUCAGCAGGAUGGCAAAGACUACAUUGUUCUUCCCAUAUCAGAGACUUUGAGCAUGGAAGAGGAUUCGGGACUCUCUCUGCCUACCUCACCUGUUUCCUGUAUGGAGGAAGAGGAAGUGUGUGACCCCAAAUUCCAUUAUGACAACACAGCAGGUUGCAGUCAGUAUCUGCAGAACAGUAAGCGAAAGAGCCGGCCUGUCAGUGUAAAAACAUUUGAAGAUAUCCCGUUGGAAGAACCAGAAGUAAAAGUAAUCCCAGAUGACAACCAGACGGACAGUGGUAUGGUUCUUGCAUCCGAAGAGCUGAAAACCUUGGAAGACAGAACCAAAUUAGCCCCAUCUUUUAGUGGAAUGAUGCCCAGCAAAAGCAAGGAGUCUGUGGCAUCUGAAGGCUCAAACCAGACGAGCGGCUACCAGUCGGGGUAUCACUCCGAUGACACGGACACCACUGUGUACUCCAGCGAGGAGGCGGAACUUUUAAAGCUGGUAGAGAUUGGACCGCAAGCUGGCAGUGCAGCUCAGAUUCUCCAGCCUGACACUGGGAUCACACUGAGUUCCCCUCCUGUUUAA